ACGAAGCGUGAGCUCAAAGCAAAAUGGACUGAAAAAGUAGAAGUCUAGAAAAAGAAUAGUAGUAUCCAAAACAAAAGUGGGCUGCCCAGAAAGUGAACAAACAAAACAACAGAAACACAAAAAAAACCACCUCUGACGGCUUCGCUUCCGUCACCGCGUUGGCAAAUAUCCCGCCGGGCCCACCGCCCACAUCCGACGUCGCUUUCCUUCCUCAUUUCUAUAUAACAACCACUCCUUCCACUCAUCCUUUCAUACAAUUCAUUCACUCAUUCAUUCCCAGAUCAGAAUUCCUCAAUUCUCAAACGUCAGAAUUUUCAUGGGUAUAAGUUAUUCUUCUGGAAAUUCAAGUAGCAACCGUGCAUCCGUCAAGAACGAUUUUUCCUUCGCCAACGUUGUUUCUCUAAGUGGAGAAUGGCGGCAGUAUCCUCUCCCAAUUCAGGCAUCUCAGAUUCUUGAUUCCCAACCGGAUGUUUUUCUCUGUAAUUCCGACAGCUUGGCCUUCGACGAAUUCAUCCCGAAACUGGGCUCCGCCGAGUUUCUCCAGCCGGCUCAGAUUUACUUCGUCUUGCCCGUUUCCAAAUUGAAUUCUAGGCUCACCGGCCCGGAUAUGGCGGCUUUGGCCGUUAAGGCCAGCGCCGGAAUCCAGUCCUACGGCAAGAACGCCCGGCGGGGCAAGAGCAAAGCCCGGAUUUCGCCGGUGGUCGUUGUGGCGGAAGAAGUGCAUCAUCAUCGGCAGCCACCGGUUCUUCAACCCAUGAGCAGUACACCGGGUCUUCAGGCAUCUGGAUCCGGGUCAGCGAGGAAAUUGCAAAGGUUUUCUUCUAAACGGGCCAAAAUGGUUGUUCGUUCCUUCAAGCUCCGGCUGAAUACCAUCUACGAAGGAUCUGUGCUUGUCUCGAGUUAAUUACGCCAUAGAUUUUUGUACCUUGUGAAUAUGAUUAUUACUACUAAUUAGCUUAGGGAGCCCGGAUCCGGUAUCGGGUGAAUUAUGGAGCCCCGCAUCCGCAUUAGUGGAGGAGCUCCGUUGGUGUGAUUGCAUAGCAUUUGUAAAUUUUGUAUUUAUUCUCAAUUUUGUUAUUGUCAAUCACAAUUCAUUCAUUUUACUAUCCAAUUUUGUCCCGUUGUUCGAGUUGAUUUCUUCUUUUUUUUUUUUUUUUCUCGUACCA